CUUUCGGAUGAGACUUUAAGUCGUGGUCCUGUGUACGAGUGCUUAAACUUGAAACAUUUAGAACAUCGAUUCGAUAAUCAGAAUCUGAAAUCGUGAUGCCGAUUCAUUUUCAUUCGAUUGCAAAUUUGGAAAAUAUAACAACUAAAAGUCAUUGAUAUCUUAUUAUUUAAAGUGGAAUCUUUAAAGGAGAACAAACAGGAUCCCCACCGUCACUAUCGUGACAGUUACGAGGACCACUCAAACGGGGCAAGUGGUGUAUAUAACCGUGGUUACGCCCCUUGCCAGUGGGGUUACUGGUCUUCGGACAAUAUGGCUUAUGCCAGACAAGAUGACGCCUUUUAUUCCAUCCAAGAUGACCGUUCCCGAGGUCGAGGACGAGGUCACUAUGCAGGAAAUAUGUUUGAUAACGCCGGUUAUCAUGGUUACAAACAAGGAAUUAGUGGAGGAGGCAGUUAUAAAUUAAAACCACUGUCCAACACUAAUGGGUUUUCGGAAUACCCAGGGGAAGGAUCGGCCAAAAGUUCCCGACGAUGUUGUGUUGUCAUGGCAGUCGUCGGGAUGAUGUUUCUUUUAGGAGCCGCCUUGGCAAUCGGAAUUUAUUUUGGUGUUGUAGAUAAACCAGAGUCCUUACGAGACCCGGAUAUAACCACGACGACUGUAGCGCCGGCGCCAGCGUUGUCUGUGGAUAUGUCGUUGACGAUAGAUCGGACUUUUGACACGGACCUGUACAACCCUGAUUCUCAAACUUAUAAAGACCUUGAGACUGAGGUCAAGGAGAAGAUUGAUCAGAAUAUGAAAAACAGUCCACAAGGUGACAGUUAUUCUGAGGCUGAGGUUUUAGGAUUCAGUCAAGGUAGCAUUGUUGUUUUAACGAGGUUAAAAUUUGCGAAGAAAACAGUAGUGGAGAACAAUGUUGAGGUAGAAUUAACUCCUGAAAAGAUUAUAACCACGUUUAAAGAUCAGUUAGACCAGUCUAACACCGUUCUGUUUGUCAAAGAUCAAAUCACAGCCAAAAUAAGCACAG